GUCCUGUCCCAAAAGCACCAAUAAGGCGAGACUAGCUGGGCAGCGCCCAGCGACGAUGCCAACGGGAUUCAGAUCGACAACGGCCUCCUAAACCACAUUUUAUCCCUCUCGUUGCCUCGUCGCACCCACCGACGCCCGUCUACGGCCUCGAAUUCACGUCAGCUCUUGCUUGGGUUGUGCUGCCGCGCUAGGUUUGCAAAUCCCAUCUUGAACGUGCCGUUAGCUGCCGGGAAGAAGGUUUAUCGGUCCGCGCAUACUUCUGUGCGCCUGCGGCCCUGACCGUGCUGUCGAGCGAGCGAGUAGAGGGAAAGAGAAAGCCAGACGAGUGGCCGCAGACAGCCUCCGUCUUCUCUCCUCCCAUCUCCACUACCGACAACCGACACAGCCCCGUACGUGAUUGAUCCCGCUAGAAACAGCAGAAACAGUCACGAUGGGCGGCCUCAAAGACGUUGCGUAUCUGGCGUUCCACCCGGUCCAGCUUCGCAACAUUGUCCAGUGGAAGCUGUGGCACGAGCCAGUUCACCACCGCGACCCCGCAAAGGACACGCCGACGCAAAAGAAAUGCUUCGAAUACCUGGACCUGACGUCGCGCAGCUUCGCGGCUGUCAUCAAGGAGCUCAACCCAGAGCUCCUCAUGCCCAUCUGCCUCUUCUACCUGGUGCUGAGGGGCCUCGACACCAUCGAGGAUGACAUGACCAUCGACCUGGACAAGAAGGAGCCGCUCUUACGCGGCUUCGCCGACAACAUGGAGAAGGACGGCUGGGUCUUCACCGAGAACGGGCCCAACGAGAAGGACCGCGAGCUGCUGGUGAACUUCACCGUGGUCGAGGACGAGCUGAAGCUGAUCGACAAGAAGUACUACGACGUCAUCAGGGACAUCACGGUCAAGAUGGGCAACGGCAUGGCCGACUACGCCAUCAAGACCCAGGACACGGCCAACUGCAUCAACACCAUCGAAGAGUACGAGCUGUACUGCCACUACGUCGCCGGCAUCGUCGGCGAGGGCCUUACCCGCCUGUUCCUCGAGGGCAACCUGUGCAACCCCAAGCUGGGGGAGCGCAUGGAGCUGACCGAAUCCAUGGGCCAGUUCCUGCAAAAGACCAACAUCAUCCGCGACGUGAGGGAGGACUACGACGACAAGCGCAGUUGGUGGCCCAGGGAGAUCUGGAGCAAGUACUUUGAGAACUACGACGACAUCUUCAAGCCCGAGAACCGCCAGCAGGCCGUCUACCUGUGCUCCGACAUGGUGCUCAACGCGCUCAAGCACGUCGAGGACUGCAUCUACUACAUGGCCGGCAUGCGCGACCAGUCGUGUUUCAACUUUGUCGCCAUCCCCCAGGGCAUGGCCAUCGCGACCCUGGAGCUCGUCUUCCAGAACCCCGCCGUCUUCGACCGCAAUAUCAAGAUCACAAAGGGCGACGCCUGCUCCAUCAUGCUCAGCUCGACCCAGAACCUCCGUGUCCUCUGCGACGUCUACCGCACAUACGCGAGGAGGAUACACAAGAAGAACGACCCGCGCGACCCCAACUAUGCCAAGAUCAGCAUGCAGUGUGCCAAGAUCGAGCAGUUCAUCGAGUCCAUCUUCCCGUCCCAGGACCCCAAGGCUAUUGCCCUGGAGAAGAAGACGGGCAAGUCGAUGGACAAACAGCCGUCAAUGGAUGCCACCGAGGCGUUCUGGCUCCUCGCCGCCGUUGUCGGUACCCUGUUCCUCAUUGGAGGAUCCAUGGUACUUCUCGCCUAUUUCUUUGGCGCGAAGUUCGACAACUACUUCAGGGAAAUCGAUGCCCGGGCAAGGGGCGCCGCGCCAACUAUUACGGGGCACGACGAGUUGUGAGGCGCCAUACCGCCGCUCUUCGUUCCGCCAAAGUUCUUUUCUCUUUUCAGCCAUGACCUGUCACUGCACCGGUUUGCGCAUGCUUGUUGGGGCUCUGCGUCAGUUCUCUCUCAAGAUGGAACACAGCACAAACCGCUGGAUUUGGUAUAUACUUGUCUACAGCCGAGCGCCGAGGGCGCCAGAGGGCGCGAUGCCCUCAUUAUUACUAACUAUCUAAUGUCGCUCACGACCGUGCUUAUGCAAUUCGCUCCUCUUGUUGAAUGCCACAGUGAACAGAUUUUAUGGGCCCGGUUCCUCCUCUGCAAGAAGGCGACAAGGCAGCUGCCUGUCGGCCGAUAAUGGGCCAAGGGGAUCCCGAGGAGGGAGAGCCUCAUGAGAGCCAGAUGGGAUGGCUCUAGCACGGAUGUCAAAUUGCAAUCCAGUCUACUCUUCAAUGACUGUUGGUUGUGCCGAAGAUGUGCUGAUAUCGAACCCUUAUUUUGGCAAGCAGCCUGGAAACGGGCACGUGGCGACUUGGGCCCCCUUUUUCUCACUCUUGUAUAAGGGGGGUCUGUCGACAUGGAUUGCAAACAUUUAUACUGUCCAGCUGUUGUCUCUUGACUAGGUAGAUGAUGAAUAUGACUGCCGGUUUUGUGUGA